UUUCAAUAUCUUCCCGAUAGUAUAAAAACUAUUAUUAUUAUGACAGUAUAUAUACCUUUAAGCUAUUUUUGCUCUGGUGCUACUAUCACUCAAGAGUCUCAGAGUACUCUGUUCUGUUAGAAUAUCAGUUGUACCAUCUUUUUCUUUCGGCGGGACGGGCUUGGCUUUAACGGAUUCAAAAUCACUCUCUAAACCAUUCUCCAGCAGGCACCUCUUCACCAGCGUCCGGGGUUUGUCGUUGUUCAACUUCCCUGUUUUCUCAAGUUAUUCUAUAACAGCACGUGCAAGAUGGAAGGAAGGAAUGACAUUCCUUGGAACACAUUUGAUAACCAUCAGGCUUACCCUGCAGCACAUAUUGCCCCGAGUCCUAUGCCACCGCCACCCAGACCUCCUCCCAUACUUCUGCAAAUGCCUCCGCCCAUGCCUCAUGUUGAUAUGCAACAUGUUGAAAUCCAUAUACUUUUGGAUGAAAACCGGAGAUUGGUUGAAGAUCGAACUUCCCUGCAACAUGAACUAGGUGCUGCUAGGGAGGAACUUCGUCACAUGAAGGCUCAGCAUGAAAUCGAAUGUAUGAAACUCAUGGGAAGGGGUUUGGAGCUGAUAAACGAACUCGCAGCUACUAUACCUCUUCAAAAUGAGAUUAAUCACCUCCGUAAUGAAGUUACGAGGCUUUUUACCAUUAAACAAGAUCUCUCUAGCCAGGUAGAGACACUCACAGAGGACCUUGCCAGGCUGCAAGUUGAAAACGAACAGAUACUUUCUUUAAGGGCUGAGAUAGAUGGACUGCAUCGACAACUUUUGUGUGCUAGGACUGCUGCUGAGUAUGAAAAUAAAGCUAAAAUGGAACUGAUGGAUCAGAUACAGACAAUUAAAAAAGGUCUUGAGAAAGCAUCCACGAUCCAGCAAAGAGAUAUAGAUCCAUUCUGCAGGGGACUGGAUGUAAUUCAGCGUCUUCAGUCUGUCUCGGAGAAGAUAGCUGUAUUUUGUUCUGAAAUUAUACAGCAGCUCAACUAUGGUUUAGUUCGUUGCCAAGUCUUGUUUUUGGUACCUACUCAUGAACGUGCACAGCAGAUUGAGAAUCUCAUGCGAGCUCUUGGCAGCCACCUUGGAGUAAAGAUCCAUGCUAGUGUAGGUGCUACUAGCGUCGAGGAGGAUAAGCAUAUUAUAUUAGCUGGUGUUCAUCUCAUUGUUGGUACACCUGGGCGUGUAUUGGACAUGUUGCGGAGACGAAAACCAGCUCUCCGUCCUAAUCAUAUUAGAAUGUUUGUGCUAGACGAGGCUAAUGAAAUGCUUUCAAUGGCAUUUGAUGAACAGAUAUAUGACAUUUUGCAGUUUUUGCCUGCCAAAGUUCAAGUAGUGCCUAUUUAUGACACCAUGCCGGCAGAUGUCCUUGAAAUCACGAGGAAGUUCAUGAAUAAGCCAGUGAAAAUCUUGGUCAAAUUUGAUGAACCGACUCUUGAGUAUUAAGUUCCUUUUUCCCCGCACGAGGAGACAACCACACUAUUGGUUUAGCUUGUUUAGAUACAGAGAUUUGCGAAGGAAAUAUGUCAUCAAUUUUCUUAGUCUAAUAUCUUAUUUACUUGCAUAUAAGUUCAGUAGGUAGAAACUUCUUUUCAAUCAAAUUUUUGUUUCACUCUUUCCAUAUAUGUCACAUAAUGAGAGGUUCUACAAUGUGUUCAUUGACGAAUAA